AUGGUUGAUGGGGAAUUGAUGGUGGAGCUGUAUAAAGAACAAAAGGAGAAGAAAUGCUUGGUUGUUCUGGAUGACAUUUGGAAUACAAUUAAUUGGAAUUGCCUCAAACCAGCCUUCCCAUUGAUCAAGGAAUCUCGGAGUAAGAUUUUGCUUACAACUCGUAACCUUGAAGUAGCUCAAGUUGGACGGGUUCACGAACUCAGUGUUUUGAAUAGCAACGAAGCUUGGGAGCUACUUCGGAAGAAGGCCUUGAUAUUUGACGAUGUGAACCCUCAAGAUUCUAGAACUGAAGUUGAAAGAGAGAAGAUAGGAAGGGAAAUGGUGCAGAAGUGCGGCUAUCUACUAUUAGCAAUAUUAGUCAUUGGGGGGAUCUUGAGCAAAAAGGCAUAUUUAGAUGAAUGGACAGUAGUGAAUAAAGACAUUGACUCUUAUUUGGGAAAAGAAGGCUCUGAUGAGGAUCUAAAGAUAGAUGCAGUUGACAUUUAUUUCACAUGGUUGGCUAAAGGAAUAAUUUUGCCGAAGAAACAAUUUGGAAGAGAAGAGACUGCAAGGGUAGUUGUAGAACAAUAUUUGACUGAGUUGGUAAGUAGGUCCAUGGUUAUUGUUGAACUCGAUGAGUUUGCUGCACCAGGAUUAUUGAAGUACAAGCAUUGCUAUCUUCAUGACCUUAUGAGAGAACUAUGCUUAAUGAAGUGCUCAGAAGAAAACUAUGUCAAGGUUGUGGAUUUUCAGGGUGGAAGGGAACCGGUGUUAGAACGUUUUUCUGUUAUUAUGGAUGACAUUACCACUUUCAACACAUAUAGACUGGCUAUCCAUACAGAUGGAAACUUUAAAGGUGACGCUAUAGGAAAAAUUACAGAACGACUCUCACCACGACUACGUUCCAUUACUUUUACCGAUAUGAGUCAAGAUGAAAAUUUUUCAGUAGAUAUGGCAUGGACAUCCUCUGAAAUAUUCAACAGUUGUAAGGAUGAGUUGCCAUUACAAGUACUAAACUUGCCCUUUUUACAGAGCCUAAAUUUUGAAGGGUCUGUCUGGACGAAUCCUACUAAAAUACCAAAACUAGAUGUAGUGUGGAAAGCAAAAAGAUUGAGGCAUCUCCUCUUUCCUGGCAAUGAGAGCCUUUCCUUAAUCCUCAAUUGCAUCGAGGUCAAUUCGCCCAACAUAGGGCAUGUGUUGCUUACUAUAUACAACUGUAAUUUUACUGAAAAUGAAAGUGGGACCAACUCUAAUCUUGUAAGGAAGGUUUUCAACUGUCACCACCUUAUGGAGUUGAUGAUUGAAGGGAGCCUAGGCAACAAAUUACCUAGAUACGAAAUAAAUUUGGCUUCGAGUCUGAGACGUUUGGCACUGUCUGGAUCUGAGAUCAUAGAAGACCCCAUGGAAAUUUUGGGGAAGCUCCCCAACUUAAGAAAACUUCAACUGCUGAUGAAUUCCUUUAUGGGCAAAGAAAUGGUUUGCCACAACAUGAGGUUUCCUAGUCUCACUAACCUUUCCCUCAAAGGACUGCACAAUUUAGAGAAGUGGAGGAUUGAUGAAGGAGCUAUGUGCAAUCUUAUGGAACUUGAGAUUAGGAAUUGUAAAACGUUGCAUAUGACUCCAAUUGGAUUGAGAUUCAUCUCAACAGUCAAGGAACUUAGUACCGUUGACAUGCCUGCUGAAUUUAUAGAAAAAUUGCUAUAG